AUGGCCGACGGGGCUGCUUCCGGCGGCAUUGACCGCAAGGCUGAAGAGCGCAUGGAGUUUACCACCUCGAAAGAGGUCACGGUCCACCCGACCUUCGAGGCCAUGUCGUUGAAGGGUAUAAAAUCUUCUUCGAGGCAUCUACGCAUAUGGCUACGAAACCCCUCUGCCGUCCAGUCGCGCGCAAUUGUCCAGAUCUGCAAGGGUCGCGAUACCAUCGCCCAGGCCCAAUCCGGUACUGGUAAGACGGCGACGUUCUCCAUCAGCAUGCUCCAAGUCAUAGAUACCGCCGUGCGCGAGACCCAGGCCCUCGUCCUCUCCCCAACCCGAGAGCUCGCGACCCAGAUCCAGUCCGUCGUCAUGGCACUUGGCGACUACAUGAAUGUACAGUGCCAUGCGUGCAUUGGUGGCACAAACGUUGGAGAGGAUAUCCGAAAGCUAGACUAUGGUCAGCACAUCGUGUCGGGAACCCCCGGUCGCGUGGCUGAUAUGAUUCGUCGCCGCAACCUCCGUACGAGACAUAUCAAGAUGCUCGUUCUUGAUGAGGCCGACGAGCUCCUCAACCGCGGAUUCCGUGAGCAAAUCUAUGACGUGUACCGCCACCUUCCUCCCGCCACCCAGGUCGUCGUCGUCAGCGCAACUCUCCCUUACGAUGUGCUCGACAUGACCACCAAGUUCAUGACGGACCCCGUUCGCAUUCUCGUCAAGCGUGACGAGUUGACGCUUGAGGGCCUAAAGCAGUACUUCAUUGCCGUCGAGAAGGAGGACUGGAAGUUUGACACGCUGUGCGAUCUUUACGAUACCCUCACCAUCACGCAAGCUGUCAUCUUCUGCAACACAAGGCGCAAGGUUGACUGGCUAACGGACAAGAUGCGAGAGGCCAACUUCACCGUGAGCAGCAUGCACGGCGAGAUGCCUCAAAAGGAGCGAGACAGCAUCAUGAACGACUUCAGGCGUGGUGAUAGCCGUGUACUGAUCUCGACCGACGUCUGGGCGCGUGGUAUCGAUGUGCAGCAGGUCAGCUUGGUCAUCAACUACGACCUUCCCAGCAACCGUGAGAACUACAUCCAUCGCAUUGGUCGAAGUGGUCGCUUUGGCCGCAAGGGUGUCGCCAUCAACUUUGUCACCACGGAGGACGUGCGAAUUCUUCGCGAUAUCGAAUUGUACUACUCGACCCAAAUCGACGAAAUGCCUAUGAACGUCGCAGACCUUAUCUCGUAG